AUGCGGUGGAUUCUAAUCAAGUACUUUCAUUGCCUGACGGUUGCCCUGCUGUCAAGGCAUACUUUGGCGCAAGUAGACUAUUCACGAUUCGUAAACCCGCUCAUUGGGGGCAGUGGACCAUUCGAGGGACAAGCAUAUGGCGGGGGAGAUAUCUUUGUCGGUGCCGCUGUCCCCUUUGGCGUUGUCAAGGUCGGCAUCGACACUUGGGAGGGCUUUGGCAAGGAUUCCGUCACCAAUGGAGGUUGGACGCCCAACGGAAAUGUGACGGCGAUCACGAUGCUUCACGAAAGUGGGACCGGGGGAGCCCCAAAGUACGGGAUUAUUCCCCAGAUGCCCUUAACAAAAGUCGAUUCUCCUGUCAAUGUGCUCGAUAAUCGGACUUACUUCCAACGCCGUGUGGUGGAUGACACCGCUCGCGUAGGAUACUACAGUACAGAGCUGUUGAACGGGGUCAAAAUAGAGCUCGCUGCCUCCAGACAUGCCGGUUUUAUGCAGUACUCUUUCCCUGAGGGCGAAAAACACAUUUUGGUUGAUCUAUCUCACUAUCUUCCAAGUGAGUCCGGAGGUUAUACCAGUCAGGUGUAUCUUGCUGGCAACAUAGACAUCUCAGGAGCUGAGUAUCAUGGUUCUGCGACAUACGGUGCAGGUUGGAAUGAAGGGGCUCCAUAUACUGUCUACUUCUGUGGUUCCUUUGAGUCGCCUCCUGCUCAAAUAAACACUUUCAGGGGAAGGAAUACAGAUCCGAUGAUCAGAUAUCACACAUUCAGUGACCAGGCGAUUCCUCAAGCAGUAUUCAGUAACAGCACCGCGCAAUACUCCGCUUCGAAUGGGGGCUCUGAUUACCUAGGCGCGGUUAAUGACCGAGUCGGCGCAAUUUUCACCUUCGAAGACGGAGCAGCCGCAACAGUCAAAUCCCGCGUCGGGGUCUCUUUCAUCUCGACUGCCCAAGCCUGUAAUUACAGGGACGAUGAGAUCCCGACCUGGUCUCUGAAUGACACCGUUGACGCAACAGUGAAGGAGUGGAAUGAAGAUGUUUUUAGCAGAAUCCGAGUCGCCACAGAUGAAGAAACGUCGAACAUCACCAACAUACGGCUUUUAUACUCAUCCCUAUACUUCAUGCACCUGAUGCCUAGUGAUAGGACAGGCGAAAACCCGUUGUGGCAGUCUGACGAGCCGUAUUGGGAUGACUUUUAUACCAUGUGGGACAUCUUCCGAUGCACAGUCAGCCUGUAUCAUUUAAUCCAGCCCGCAAGAUAUCUCAGCAUGAUCCGUGCAUUGAUUGAUAUCUGGCGAUUUGAGGGCUUCCUGCCAGAUGGGAGGUCCGGAAACUACAACGGCUUGACACAGGGUGGGAGCAACGCCGACAAUGUGCUCGCGGAUGCGUACGUCAAGGGCCUAGGGAGAAAUAGCGAUGACCCUUCAAUGAUAAUCAACUGGACGGCGGGUUACCAAGCUAUGCUGAAAGACGCAGAAGUUCAGCCGUACAACACAUUCAGCCCUUUGGAUCAGACUGGCAGCGUCAAAGAGGGCCGCGGGUCGCUUUACGACUGGAUCCCUUUGGGCUACGUUUCAAGCAACAGCUCGAGAUCCAUUUCGAAGACUGUUGAGUACGCGCUGAAUGACUUUGCGCUAAGUGUCGUGGCUGGUGGCGAGGGCACGGAAGCUGACGUCGACAAAUAUCUCAAUCGCUCGGCGGGAUGGCAGAACCUUUGGAAUAAUGAUAUCGUCCAUGCCGGUUUCACGGGAUUCAUGGCCCCAAAAGAUGAUCAAGGUAACUGGAUGUCUCCUGAGACCUACAAUCCAGCAGUUUGCGGUGGUUGCGAGUGGAACGCUAUCAGUUACGAGGCCACUCCAUUUGAGUACAGCUUCGUAGUACCACAUGACAUGCAGUCGCUCAUUGAAUCUAUGGGCGGUGAGGCAGAGUUUGAGCGGAGACUCGAUUAUAUCUUCAUGCCGAACACCUCAGAACAGAACCUAAAUGAAAAUGGCGCUGGAAUAACGACUAUUAUGAAUAUUGGCAAUGAGCCUGAUUUUGCAACGCCAUACCUCUACAAUUAUUUGAACAAGCAGCACAAAUCAGUUAAUCAGACCCGUGCCCUGGCAAACCAAUUCUUUCACGACGCCCUCUACGGAGUGCCGGGAAACUCAGACGCAGGUGCUCUCAACUCAUGGCUUAUUUGGCAAAUGAUGGGGCUCUAUCCUAUCGUGACCCAGCCUGUAUACCUGUUAGAGUCUCCGUGGUUCUCUGACAUCAACUUGACAAUCAAUGGAAAUAAGACACUCCGGAUCACUAGUAAUGGCGACAAUAUUUCGCUUGGGCAGAACGCAUAUUUCGUUGAGUCCGUGAAGAUCAAUGGCGAGGAGUGGGAGAAAAAUUGGUUCAAUCAUGAAGAUAUCAUGAUCGAAGGAGGUACGAUCGAGUUCACUGUUGGAAGUAAUGGGGAGGCUUGGGAGACUGGGGAUCUGCCUCCAAGUCCAGGACACAGAAUUGUGAAUUCCAGCUGA